AUUUCGACUUCACCAUCGAGUACCUUACGAUCCAUUCGACCCACAUCAAUCAAAUCAACUCUUCAGCAAAACAUGGAUCGAUGGAGUCAAUCAACCUUAAAGACUACAAUCUGUUCUAUCCUGACUGUGGUCACAGUAGGACCUUUGAUCUAUUAUGCUCAUUGUGAAUUUCAUCGAAAACGUGAAAUUAAGAAUCGAAAAAGAAGAUUUGAAAUUGAUUUAAACCGUUUGAAAUCUAAUCAAACUAAACAUCAAAUUAAUGAAGAUGAUAAUAGACAAUCCCAUAAAGAUCAAUUAGAAGAAAUCGUCAAGACUCGUUAUGCUAGUCUUCAAAUCGGUGGUAGAUUUCAAAACCCAUUUGAAGAAUGGAGAGAACAAGGAGCUUGGGAAUGGGCAUUUUGGCAUUUAAUUUAUAAACCUUUAACGGGUCGAAGUCCAUUCUUUUUUAAUCAUGGGAUUCCAACCGGUUCGAAUGCUUCGAAUACUUUAUCCCAAACCUUACCACAAGAAACUCCAAAUUGGCAACAUUUGUUUUUUUCUAAACCUUUUACAUCUCACCUUGAUUCAUCUCAUCAUCAUGAAACAACAGAUGAUUUGUUAGGUAAGAGUUGGGAUCGAUUAUCUAAUGAGAUCGGUUCAUCCACCAAACCAUCAUCCGAUCAAUCUUCUAGCUCUUCUUCUCCAUCUCAAAGUCUUCGUCAAGAUCAACCGAUCAGAGUCUCUGAUCAAUUCUCCUUUACCUGGAUCGGACAAAGUACCUGUUAUGUUCAACUCGAAGGUUUAUGCAUCUUAACAGAUCCUACCUUUAGUAUUCGAACUAUGGAAUCUUUCAUGGCCCCUUCUCGUCUCCGAUCACCACCAUGCGAGUUGAAGGAUUUAUUAAGGAUCGAUGUGGUUCUUGUCAGCCAUUCGCACUAUGAUCACCUUGACAUCAAAGCGGUUCAAUACCUAGCCAAUUCUGUCCUUUGGAUCAUCCCUUUAGGUUUAGGAUCUUGGUUUCGUCAACAAGGAGUGACGAAUUUUCGAGAGAUGAAUUGGUGGGAUAAGACCCAGGUUGAGAUUCCUGGUUCAUCAGGUCGAAAGGUUACAGUCGUUGCAUGUCCAACCAUGCAUUGGUCAGCUCGUACACCACUAGAUACCAAUCAAUCUUUAUGGAAUUCGUUUGCAGUUCUAGGAGAUCAUAGUAAAUUCUUUCAUGUAGGAGAUACAGGAUAUUGUUCGAAUCUGUUUAAUCAGAUUGGAGAAUUAUAUGGACCGUUUGAUUUAGCAGCGAUUCCGAUUGGAUCUUAUGAACCUUUAUGGCAUUUAUCUUCACAACAUACCGAUCCGAUUGGAUCGGUUAAGAUCAUGUUGGAACUUCAAGCUAAGUUGGCCAUUGGAGUUCAUUGGGGUACUUGGAUGAUGUCGGAUGAAACUUAUGAUUCUCCUUUGAAAGAUCUUCAAAAGGCUAUUUCAUUGGUUUUAGGUGAUGAUCAUCAAGAUCAAUCUAGGUUUAAGACCGUUCCAAUGGGUAGAACAUUGGUAUUGAAAUCAAAUGAAUGAUUUUUAUGGCUUUUCAUCUUUUGGCUUUCACUGGAAGGUUUCAGUCCUUUUGACUUUUCAUCACUUUGUGUGAAAUUUGUGUUUUGUUUGUUUAUGUUUUGUUUGUUUGUUUGUGAAUAGAAGAGAUAGUAAAUAGGAAAGGAAUUGUAGAAGGAUCUGUUUGAUUUCAAGUUUUCUUUUUCUUCGCAUUAUCAUUGUGAUUCUUAUUAUCAUCAUUUUCUAUCACCAUCAAUCUUGGUGAUAAGGUAAAUGAAGGUCAUACUUUUGGAUCAUCAUGAUGUCUACUUUUAGUCUUACCAUCGGCAUGUACUUUCCUUGUUGUCAAUCAUGGAGUUCAGGUUAUGAGUAAUAAGUAAUGUCUGUAACAAAUCUAGUUGGAUCAAUUC